AUGGAUGGUGAGGUGCCUGUUGUCGCAACUGGAUUAGAGUCAUCGACCGUUGAAACUGCGUAUUCUCGUUCGAGGGAACGAACACCGGCAUCUCCGGAGAAUGGCAGUCCAAACACAUCCAUUAAUUACCUGGCAUGCAAUGUCAAUGGGUAUUUGCAAGGCGAUGCCUACGCCGGCAACGUGGCGUAUGUUCUUGCAGAUAUGAUGAAUGUGACUCCCAAUGCAGGCUACGAUUACUACACGCAUUCGCCGUCGUCCACGGCGGUCUGCUACGGCCACGCCACCUGCAGCCUGGCGCUCUCCUACAACGACUGUGCCGACUGCCUCACGGCCGCCAGAUCUACCGUGCUCGCCGGCUGCCCUAGCAGCAUCGGCGCCUCCGUCGAGAUGGUGGAUUGUACCAUCAGAUAUGAGAACUACUUUUUCUGA